CCAUAUAUUCUUGGAUUUUUUUUUAGAAACUUAGAGUGUCGAGGAAUUCCAUCGUCUGGGUUAUUCUUUUUCGCGUCGAAACGCUUCGAGUAGCCUCGUGCAUCGUUCGAUUUCGUUGGCUAGUUCGAUCAGACGCUCCUCUUCGAUUAUGCAUACGCACGGCCGAAUAAAUAUGCGUACACCCGAUAAGAAAGGUCGCGGUCGUCGUGGAAGUUCAUCCGCGGCCGACAAAGCGCGAGUCCACGCCAUCGUUUCGUUGCUUUUUCCAGCAGUUCGAAGCUCGUCGCUCGUGCAGCACUUAUGGAAACGCCGAUUACUCGAUCGCUUUUCUCGGCAAUCGCCUUCACGAUCCACGCUUUCCUGACACGGAUCCUUUCUGGCGAACGCUUUGCAGCGAGGACUAAAUAGUCUUUGUUGUAGAGCAAAGACGAAAGUGUCGGCGAGGUGGAAGCUAGAUCUCGAAGCGAGAAGUGCUGGUGCAUGAACGUCAUUGUUCUCCGCUGACAGCCGUCAGUUUCUUCGUUCGCGGGUCAUCGUCGUGCUCUGAAUCGCGUUUCGACACGUUUCCGACGAGACCAUGCUUUCCUCCGGCGAAGGGUUCGCCGAAGGAUCGAAUAAAUUGAAACUAUUUUCUGAACAUUCGAUGUGAGAAAGUGUCCGGUGAUUUGAUAUGUGCCGAUUGAUAGAGUUUUUCAAUAAAAUUUUGAGAUGAGAGGAUCGUGUUCGUGAAUCGAAAUGGUGAGCACCAGUCCACCCCUCGGGGUGGCCACCCUCAAUCGGUGGAGGAACACCUUCUGCGGGGUGCCCAAGGCGGAAAUCGAACGCAGAACGAACACGCUGCUUCAGGCUAUGACGAUUGAAGAGCUGUACGCUGCUCUGUUAUAUAUGACCCAGCACCAAAUAGGCUACGACGUAUCCAACGAGUGUGGACAAGAAAUUUUAUUGAAUCACCUCCAAAAUGCGUUCAAAAUCGACAACGAAACGCACGAGAGAGUUCUGGAGGAGACAAGGAACAUGGAGCCACCGGAAAUGCAUUUGAACGUGGAAGUGAUCGAGGCGAAGGAAUUAGUAUCGAAAGAUGCUAAUGGAAAGAGCGACCCUUUCUGCGCCCUUUAUCUCGAGUCAGCACCCACCAGAAGGUACAACACUGCCGUGAAAACUUCCACAUUGAGUCCCGUCUGGGAAGAACACUUUGAACUACCCCUAGAGGACCCAGAAAACGACGUGCUAUUUCUGGAAGUAUGGGAUUUCGAUGCCGCUGAGACGGUUCCCGAGAAGAUGAGCAAGGUGAAGGAUGUGAAAGGUGUUCGAGGUCUGGUGAAACUCGCGAAGGAGAUCGCGGUUACCGCCACUACUGGUAGCCACGACAAUGAAUUCAUCGGUCGUUGUAGAAUACCUCUGAAGGACAUCCCAACCACUGGACACACAAUGUGGUACUCUCUGGAGAAAAAGAACAAAUCUAAACGUCGUGGAGUUGUGAAGCUAAGAUUGGCUUUCAGCGCUGAACACAACGCACAGGUAGCCGCACAGGAAUACAGACACCUGCUCAGAGUGUUACUGUUGCACGAGAUAGAAAAUGAGAAGAUAGAGAAAUACUGUUGGUGCGGAAGAUGGUCCGCACCUGCGGAGGUUCUUCUUCUUCAACACAGCGCUCAACGAGGUUUGCUGGCCAGGAAUGUGGCACUAGCACAGUGGGUGGAAUACGCAGGGAUACAUCAGGAACAUCCCUUAAGCUUCACAGUGUUCAGUAAACUGGCGAUUGAUUUGUUGAGGCCCAUGGAAAAUGGCCUCUUCUCUCCGGAUGAGACCAGGUUAUUUUGGAAUGCCACGAAGAAACUAUUGUAUUCGUGUUUGAAUAGUAUUCGAAAAAUUAGGAGGCUCACACCGGGUGAUAAAAACACUAUGGCACAGUUGUCUGCGAUUUUGGGAAUACUGUCGUCCAUUUCGUGCCUUAAAGUUCCUGAAGAAAUUAAUUUAUUCCCCCAAAAAAUGUACUCCUGGUUCAUGGAUCAGGACGAAAACUCGAGUGUUCUUCAGGCUUUGGAGUACACCGUCGAGCAGGGUGGUGCUGAAUGGUUCAAACACAUACUGAAUAAUAAUUCUCCGGAGAGUGAUUCGGACGAGGAUCAUUUAAAAUACCAUAUCAAAGUGAUACAACUUGUUAGAGCGGAUCUACAGAGUGCCCUUGAUAAUUACGACAAACUAUUCAUCAAACGAAUCAACUUCCCCUAUGCGAGGUGUCUGUACAUGAUGUACGAGAAGAGGAUCAGUGACAUGUGCAUGAUCAUCGUCGAGGAUGUUUGUGGCAGGUUAAAGAGAAUUGAAAUUGAGAACAGUGAUGUUGAAUUGAAUUUAGGAACAACGUUAUUCGAGCUCUAUCUCGCGUUACAGAGAUAUGCUAUGGUUGGUGAGAUCCUCUGUGCAGAAGGACAGCUCGAAGGGAUGAAGGUUCAAAGCUACCACGAAUGGUUCAGAGCUGGAGUGGCGCACUGGUUGGACAUAGCCGUGUACAAGGCUCUAAAACGAAUAGAUAGAGCAGUAGAAUUCGACACGUUGCAAGCAGUCGAUAACACUGUUCAAUAUAGCUCGAGUGCAGUGGAUACUUUGACGAUAUUCUACCAAAUCAAAGUGUUCUGGACGCAGCUGGCGUGGCCUGAUAUAGAAGGAUCGUAUACUUUCAUAGCCAAAAUUAUAGACGAUAUUUGCAAGUGUUCGAUCGCGUAUGCUGAUAAAAUGGCGAAGAAAGCAGAGCUCACCACCGAAUUGGAGCAAUUAUCCGAAAGCAGCGUGUACGACAAGAAGUUCUUCGUGUCGACGGCAUGGUGCUUCGCGAUCAACAAUAUCGAUUAUAUUAGAACAUCGAUCGCACCUUUGGCUAACGAUCUGGGACUUCAGAAUAUUGUGGACGUACUGGCGGAAAAGAAAACGCAAGAAGACGCAGAGAGAUGCCGACAAACCCUUCAAUUAAUUAUCGAUAAUGCUACUGAUACUGUGAAGAAUAAGAUCUUUGAAUUGUUGCAAGUGGUGGCGAACAAAAUGGCUCCUGCUAUGAAUAGGUAUCUCAUGGAGGGUGCAGAAUUGAUAGACACCACCAGUAACGCCAUGGAUCGUCUCCUCCAAUAUUUAGACAAUAAUUUAACCACCCUGCACGACAAUUUGAACGAGGACAAUUUCGAAAGAGUAUUAAUUGUCAUUUGGGAGAUAAUGUCAGAGACCCUGUACCAAUUAGUGAAUAAUAAUUUAGAGAAAAGAAGACCACCCUCGUUUUAUUCGAAUCUCCAUCGAACUCUACACACGCUUAUUCGAUUUUUCAAUGUCGGAGCGGAUGAAGCAGCAAAUGUUAAAGUUUUGGAGAAAAUUGAACAUCUUUUGCAAUUGCAUGGUUUGGAGACGGCUGACUUGAUACAUCGUUAUCAUCAAGAACGAGUGAAGGAACAAAAGGAGAUGGAUGAAUCUGAAUAUGGACAGCUGACCAUCAAAGCACAAUUCGUGGAUAAUUCUUUGAGUAUUCAAAUACUGAAUGCCAGAAAGCUGCGACCAAUAGACAGUAAUGGCGAUUUGGUAGGCAAGGUGUCUACUCUCAAGCGCAAGCUUCAUACAAAAUCUAAACAAAGACUGAAAGAAUGGAAGACAAGUAGCUGUGAUUCGUACGUGAAAGUCAGGCUACUUCCAGAGGAAAAGUUCGCCGAUGUGAAGCUUCCGAAAACGCAUGUACAGAAGGAAAACUUGUAUCCUCUGUUUGAUGAAGUUUUCAACAUUCCCCUAACUACGGAACAGAGAUCAACCGAAGGCGCGAUAAUAGCUUUUGAAUUGAAAGACAAAGACUUUCUCAGAUCGAGAUUCAUGGCAGAAGCUUUUCUACCGUUCAGCGAAGUUCCGGAAACGGGAGCAGAUCGAGGAAUAGAAACUCUUGACCAGAUUCAUCUAACACUUUCACGUCCUACCAAUAGAAGUACCGAAGUAGUUCAGGCAUUGAAACAGAGGAAAGGAGACAAUCAGGCGACAGAAUUUCUAUCGAAGCUCAGUUCCAAAGUCGAAAGGAAAACUUAGUCUUCGUGGAAAAAGAAUCACGAUUUUAUACUGUGCAACAACGAACACUAUUAGAUCAUAAUACCUGUUGAUACGUAACAUCUUUUACCAACAUUUUUUAAAUAAUUUAUUUAUAGUCAUGUAUUUCAACGAAAAUUGCAUUUCCCUGAAAUUCAAAGUUCUUUCAAUUCAAUCAACUCAUUUUACAUACACGAUUAGAACUUCAUUAGAAAAAGAGUAUUUUUAUAGAAUACACGAAAGUAUUUUUAUAAAAUUGUUUGAAGGUUUGGAGGAUAUUAUAGCAUACGUGUAUAUAUGAUCGUUGCAUCAAAGGCGAAAGUAAUUUUUUUUUAUCCCGAUUAUUAAGUACCAUACAUCGAUUUUUGAAGAAAUACUCUUUGUACAUAGCGUAUUUUUCAUAAAAUAAAACAUUUUACGAAUAUUUGACAAAGCGUGAUCAUCCUAUUUUAAAUACUACGUUUAUUUGUACCAGAAAUGUCACCAAUUGUAAUGCAAAUAAAUCAUACAAAACUUCA